AUGAUGACACAUCGCAGGCAUGAAUUCGAAGUAUUAUGGCUUUUAAUUCUACUAAUUUUGAUAGUCUCCGAGCUGCAGGCCACCACUUUACGCGACAAUAGCGAGCAGGCAGGCGCCAAAAGCGGACACGGCCCAAGUGCUGCACCAAAUGACUAUGGUCCGGCCAUAAAAAUCACUUCAAGCAUUCUACAGCUGUCGAAAUCAACGGAGGGCAGUACUACGUUGGGUAAUCUGGGUUUAGAACAUCACGAGACUACGCUUGAGCAACCCUGGCCGGUCACAACAGGUUAUCAGUUGCCUGCCGCACAGACUGUAUGGCUGGAGUUUCCCGCAAACCACCAACCGGACUUUCAUUUGAUCGCCGUGCCAGAUGUAAGCAAUCAUCAGGAUCGCUUCACUCCAUCGCUCGCCGGCGGUAACGAUGUUAGUGGUGUCUCUGAUGAGGGUAGGUCCACUUUAUCGACCGGAUUGCAUACACAGAUCAUAAGUAGUGGCACAGGUGUCACGAAUGUUAGUGAUAAUCUCGAUUUUGGUGAUGCGGUCGCGGAGAAAGUGAAGGGCAAUCGCCGUACUUCUUAUGGUCGAUAG